AUGGAAAAACAACAACAAUUACCCUCUCCAUUCGGAUCAACCACCAACACCUCCACGACGACUGCCUCCUCUCAGCAGCAGCCUCAUGCAGUCACUGCUGCCAUCAGUCGGAGGCAAUCAAUGAGAAGACAGACCAUUCAUCUCAGCAGUGGAAGUGCUUCGGGAUUGUUUGCAGCGUUGAAAGAGAGUGCCAAUUCCAUCACGCCAUCGUAUUCGCAAUUACAACGAAAUGUCAUUAAAGAAUGGUUGGAAUCGGAGACGUUGAGUGAUAAAAAGAAGGAUUUGUGGGAAUUAUUGAAGGAUGGUGUGGUUUUGGUGAGAUUAAUUUGUUUAGUCAAGAAUUUACGAGCUGGUGAUUACAUGGCACAAAUCUCGCUCGCUCCACAAGGAGAUGCUACUCUCAUUCACAACAAUAUUGCCUUCUUUUUGGAGGAAUGUAAAUCCUUAUCGAAUGAAAUUCCAACCAAAUGGACACCUGCCACACUUGUAAAUAAUUUGGACAUUCAUGCCAUUUGUCACACCCUUGAAAAAUUAUCUAAAUUUUGCGAAAAGUCUCAAAAUAGUGGACUUGAUACCUUUUUAAAGAUUCCUGCUGUAGAGACAAAAGAGAGACGAGUGAAGAGAACAUCCUCCGUUAUUGAAGAGUUGAAACAAGUGAGCGUUAGUUUUGUAUUGAAUCGAAUUUUGUUCGAGUUAGAGAGCUCGGAUCCACAAUAUUUAGCCACAUUAGCCACACUGUUAAAAUUGAAAGACGAACAUUGGUGUCAAGAAUUUGUUCAGAAAGGAGGCGUAAAAGUCAUAUCGAAAAUCAUUGAAAAGUUGAAUCAUAUUUACAAGACUCAAAAAGAAAAAGUUGUGCAGGGAAAUUAUAUUUAUUGCUUACUCAUUUUAUUAGAGAAGGAACUCUAUGCUCCAUUUCUCGAGUAUCCAUCUCCUAUCACAAUUUUGGCAAAUAUUUUGACAAAGAAGGAAUCAUUGGUGACGAGGAAAUAUAUUUUGGACAUUUUCACCUUGUUGUGUAAUCAUAGUGAAGAAGGAUUUUGGAUUGUAUUCGAUGCAUUCGUGAUCGAAUGUACAAGACAAGCUCAGUUAAAUAACCCUUCGUGCAUUCGAGAUUCAAACUCUUCAAGUGACAAUGGAGGAAGUACAAUUCGUGACAAUGGUAACAUCACCUCUUCCAUGAACCCAUUUUCAUCCUUAGUGACAUCCUUUGCUUCACAACGAGAUGGUCAAUAUCGAGCAAAGGUCUUGACUCUCUUUACCUCACUCAUGACUUGUCCCAUUGAUUCAUUUGUGAGAAUUAGAAUGAGAUCUUUGUUUUCAGAGUUGGAUCUCGAUGGUGUGAUCACAUCCAUUGAAAAUAGUGACUCGAUCAAAACUCCACUAGAAAAUAUUUUGAAAGAGAAAAUUAAGGAACAUCGUGAAGUCAUGAAAAAAGAAGAAAAACAAACACAAUCGGCGAGUGCAUUGACGAUUUAUUCAGAUCCAGUGCUCAUGUUAAAAUUACUCUAUUUAGAUAUGGGAAUGAAACAAAAUGGAGGUAUUGGCUAUUUAAUAGAGGCUAUGAAAAGAAAAGGUCAUGUCACGAGUAGUAGUAGCAGACAUAGUCCUUCUACGUCUGCAUCUCCAACCUCUGUGACAUCACCUCGAUCUGUUCUCUCAUCACCCUCUUCUUCUGGAUCCGAAGAAUCUGAACUGAAAAUGUUGAGAAAUUUGGCUCGAGUGCAAAAACAACGCAUUGACAGGUUGAAGGAACAAGUCAGAGCAGCUGAAACCAUGACACAACAAAAGUUUGUACUGACACCACAAGAUGCCAACAAUAUUUCAGACCAAAUUAUUUUACAAGACAUUAAGUUUCAACUGACGCAGUCCUUGAAGGUGUUGAAAGAACGUGAGAAGGAGCUUUCUUCGAAUAUUGUCAUGCAACAGUGA